AUGUCGCACGUUUGUACAACACUGGUUGUUUCAGGAUGCACUUUCGCGAUGUUUUCAAAUUGUAACGCGCGAAACAACACCUCUGCCAUCCUGUCGGGAAUGCACCGACACGUGCUCGAGAUAACUUGUGACUGCUCUUCUUACUUCUUCUCUUGCUUAUCUUUUAACCCUCACGAUCACUUCUCGUAUGUAUCGUGA